AUGUUACUCUCCCCUGAUGAAGAAAAGGACCCAGAUGUUAUUCCUGAAGAUAGCAGUCUGUUCACUUUGAGAAUUAGAAAGAAGGCAUUAGAGAGGAGAGAAGAAACAAUUAUUGUGGAUCGGGCUUGCAGGCAAGAAACUCUUGCUUAUGAGAUGGAGUCACAUGCAGUUGGAAAGAGGCCAGACAAUCCAGCAAAUCUAGUUGAGGAGGGAGAACUACUUUUAACUCUGAACAUCUUCUAUCCUGUCAUAUUUCAGAAGCAUAAAGAUCACAAACCUUAUCAGACGGUCCUUGUACUGGGCAGCCAGAAACUCACUGAGCUCAGAGACUCCAUUUCCUGCGUCAGUGACCUCCAGAUAGGCGGCGAGUUCAGCAGUCAGCCAGAUCAAGCACCAGAGCACAUCAGCAAGGAUCUCUACAAAUCUGCUUUCUUUUAUUUUGAAGGCAUCUUUUAUAAUGAUAAAAGGUACCCAGAGUGCAGAGAUCUGAGCAGGACAAUUAUUGAGUGGUCAGAAUCUCAUGACAGAGGCUAUGGAAAUCUUCGGUCUGAUAAAAUGGAGGACUACACGUUUAGUGAUUUGUCCCUCAAAAUUGGUUUUCCAUACCUUUUUUGCCACCAGGGGAACUGUGAGCACAUCAUUAUCAUCACAGAUAUAAGGCUUAUUCAUCAUGAUGACUGCCUGGACAGGAGCCUCUAUCCCUUGCUAAUCAAGAAACACUGGCUAUGUACCAGAAAAUGUUUUGUGUGCAAAAUGUACACAGCCAGGUGGGUAACCAACAAAGACAGUCUGGCACCAGAGGAUCCGUGUUUCUUCUGUGAUGUUUGUUUUCGGAUGCUCCAUUAUGAUGCAGAAGGCAACAAACUAGGGGAGUUUCUUGCAUAUCCUUACGUUGAUCCCGGGAUUUUCAACUGAAGCUGACAAGAGCCAGCAUGAAUUCAAUG